AUGGCCGGCAGCAACAGGGCGCUGGGAAACCUCAGCGAUACGUCCGACGGCGAGCUGCUGAAGGAUGGUGUAUUCUGCUCCAAAGAAAUAUCGAUCGUGGCCGCCUCGAGCGCCACCGUCAUCGCCGUGCUCGGAACAAUCGGGAACGUGACGACGCUGUUGGCACUCGGGCGCAACCGGGCCGUACGCAACCGGCGUCGCCAACCGACGACGGCGUUCGUGCUGUCGCUGGCCACGGCCGACCUGCUGUUCUGCGUUGCCGUGAUGCCACUGAUGGCCCUACGCUAUGCCCGGCGUCGGUGGCCCUUUUUCGACACUUCCGGCGCGUACGAUAGCGUCUGGUGUCGGCUAUUUCCGGUGGCACUGUACGGCACGGUGGCCACCUCCGUGCUGAGCCUGGUGGCGCUGACCGUCAACCGGUACGUGCUGAUAGUGCACCCGAGCUGGUACGGUACGGUUUACCGGCGUCCCGGGGUGGUUCCAUUGCAGCUAGCCUUCUGUUGGGCCAUUCCUUAUGGAUUGAUGGCAAUGCCACUGUUUGAAUUCUGGGGCCGUCUUGGCUUCGAUCGUCGAACCUUCUCCUGCACAGUGCUACCGUCGGUCACAGCCUUCGGCCGGUUCUCGGCCAGCCCGAAAAAGUUUAUCUUCAUCGUGGGCUUCGCCCUGCCUUUCUGUGCCAUCGUGUUGUGCUACACGGCCAUUAUAGCCGCUGUACGACGGCAACGGCGUAACAUGCAACGGCAUGCCGCCAAACGGCCAGUUCAGACGCCGGCUUCACCCAACGCAAGCAUGGCCGCCAGCAACGACGACGACGAGCGGCACCUAACACGGACGACGGCCGCAAUAUUCGGAUGCUUUAUGCUCACUUUUCUACCGCUUACGAUAGCCAACGUGUUGCUGGAGGAUGCCGACAGCGUUGGCGAGGCCGGCGAUCUGCACGUCCUGGCGUCCAUUCUCACGUGGCACUCGGCCGUACUUAACCCAUUCAUUUAUGCGCUGGGUAGCCGUCACUAUCGCAACGCGUAUUGGGCCGUUCUACGUUGCCAGGAUUGUAAAAAUACAAAGCCGCAUCGUGUGUUGCCUAGGCAAACCCAUGCAUCGACAAUGUCCCCAGGAUUGCCAAAAGCGACCAAAUUUCGUACCUCCAACGGAGAUAUGACGGGAAGCGGUACACAAACUAAUUCUGAUGUCUGA